AUGCUGCCGAGAAGCGGCGUGAGCCGGGCGAUGGCGAGGCUAGCGCUCUGCCGUUGCGCCGGGCCGGUCAGAUGGGCCAACGUCCGAUGGCGUGUCAGCAGCGACAGCACACCGACUCGUCUGCCCGUGCCAGCAUCUUGUCUCUACUCCUCUUCCGCCUCGUCUCCUAGACCAGCCAGGCCGCCGCCCCGACCGGCCACCGGCCCCCGCGCCAACAUCGACCUGCGACACAUCCGCCAAAACGCCGAGCUGCACGCGGCCAAUUGUGUGCGGCGCAAUUACGGCGCGCUGCGCGACAGUCCGGCCCGCAUUGUCGACCUGUUCGCGGCCUGGCAGACGCGCCAGCACGACGGCCGGGCCUUGCGCGAGGAGGCCAACGUGGUGCGCCGCCGGCUGGCCAACCCGCCGGUAGCCCGCGAGGUCGAGGAGGUGGUCGCUAUCCAAGACGCUCAAUGCAGCCGUGACACCCUCCUCGAACGCGCCCGCGUCCUCAAGCAGCAGCUCGCUGGCAUCGAGGCCGACGAGGCCCACCUGACGGCCGAGAUGCAACAGCUCGCCGCAGCUCUGCCCAACCUCACCAGCACCGACACGCCCGACGGGAUGCACACGCUGCUCUGCUACAUCAACUGUGACGGCGAGGCUGCCGGUGAGGCUGUCUCGCUGCUGCGGCGCCAUCACCACAACACGCGCAGUGGCCGCUGGCGGUCACACGUCCAUAUCGGCACCGAGCUCGGCCUUCUCGACUUUGCCGCCGCUGCUACUACGUCCGGCUGGGGCUGGUACUACCUCCUCGGUGAUGGCGCCCGCCUCGAACAGGCCCUCGUGCAGUACGCUAUCGCUGUCGCCCAUCGCCAUGGCUGGCAGCUCGUGUCGCCACCUAGCCUCGUCCGUAGCAGCGUCGCUGCCGCCUGCGGCUUCCAGCCACGUGACCAGGGCGGCGAGCAGCAGACUUACACCAUUGACGGCGCUGGCGCUGGUGGCGGCAGCAGCCCAGAUACAGCGGCCACGGGCAUCUCGAUGAGCCUGACAGCCACGGCCGAAAUUCCUCUGGCUGCCCUGUAUGCCGACACAACACUGCCGUCGUCAGCCACCUCAGCCACCUCUGAUGACUCAGCAACAACCAUCGCAUCCUCCGACUCAUCCAACACCACCUCAUUCAACCCCAUCCGUCGUGUCGCCGUCUCCCGCUGCUACCGUGCUGAGGCCGGUGCUCGUGGUGCCGCCACCAAGGGUCUCUACCGCGUGCACGAGUUCACAAAGGUAGAGCUGUUCGCCUGGACAGCGCCCGACCUCGACGCUGCCACCGAAGUAUUUGAUGAGCUUGUCGACAUCCAGACCGAAAUCCUCUCGUCGCUCGACCUGCCCUGUCGCGUGCUCGAGAUGCCGGCCAGCGAUCUGGGCGCCUCGGCGUACCGCAAGAUUGACAUCGAGGCCUUCUUCCCCAGCCGCUGCGGCGCCGUCGCCGAUGCUGUCGCCGAUCCCCAAGGAGACCCCCCCACCGACAUCGCCCUCAUCGAUGCUGGCUGGGGCGAGGUCACGUCAGCAAGCAUCUGCACCGACUACCAGACCCGUCGUCUGGCCACGCGCACCCGCAUCGAUGGCGCCCUCGUCUAUCCCUGGACCCUCAACGGCACCGCCCUCGCUGUUCCCCGCAUCAUAGCCGCCUUGCUUGAAAACGGCUGGGAUGAAGAGGCCAAGACGGUUGCCAUUCCCGAAUGCCUGCAGCCCUGGAUGGACGGCCAGGAGUUUAUCAGUGUUGGCAACCGCCAGUGGUAG